GGCUUGUAUAAAUCUAUCUACAUCUACAUAUCGACAUUAGAGAUCGUCUCAUAUAUAUAUAUACAUAUAUAUGUCUCCCUCUAUAUAUACCGUCAAACAGAGCUGCCCGGUAAACCGUAGUAGGCUGAGAGGGAGAAGAGGGAGAAGAGGGAGAAGAGGGAGACGAGGACAACAAACAAACGAGGGAGGGGCUGUGACAAACUGUUUCGUCUGAUGUAUGUUCUGUAUACAUACAUAUAUAAAUCUCUGUCAUAACGCUUAUAUCGCUGUUCUAAAUAUAUAUUUCCGAUAAAUAUAAUAUUCUAGCCUUUCUAGGUUCGAUAUAGAUAGAUAUCAUCAUCGUCUGAGCGCACGCGUCUCCUCAGCAAAGCAAAGCAAAGCAAAGAAUGGCUGAUAACUCUGGCGGCGGUGCGGCGGGGAACAACCCCGAGAGUCCUGACAGCGGUCCUCAAUCUGAUAAUGAGCUUGGGGGCCACCAGCACCACCAGUCCGAUGGGCAGAACUCGAGUGUUCGAGAGCAAGAUAGGUUCUUGCCGAUUGCAAACAUCAGCAGGAUAAUGAAGAAGGCAUUACCAGUGAAUGCCAAGAUUGCAAAGGAUGCCAAAGAAACGGUUCAAGAGUGUGUUUCAGAGUUCAUAAGCUUCAUCACCAGCGAGGCCAGCGACAAAUGCCAGCGUGAGAAAAGGAAAACCAUUAAUGGAGAUGAUCUUUUAUGGGCCAUGAGCACGCUUGGAUUUGAAGACUACGUUGACCCGCUGAAGGUCUAUCUCCAGAAGUACCGAGAGACCGAGGCCUCAUUAGCAAAGCAAGGGACUUCAGAGGCUGCUGGGAAGAAGGAUGGAGUUUCUUUAAGCAUGCAACCGGGGAUGCAGAUGGCAAUGCCUCCCGGGACGAACAUGUAUCAGAUGGCGAUGCCUCCUGGUGGAAGUCCGUAUCAGUUAGUCUAGCGUGCUUAGUAAACCUGCCAACUAUGA